AUGGCCGAAAUUUUUGGCAUCGCCACCGGAGCGCUGAGCGUUGCAGCACUCUUCAACAACUGUGUCGAUACUUUCGAGUACAUCCAGCUCGGCCGCCAUUUCGGGGAGGACUACCAGAGAUGCCAGCUCAAGCUAGACAUUGCAGAGACGCGCCUAGGACGAUGGGGCGAGGCUGUCGGGGUCAACGAUGACGAGCGCUUCGCGUCUGCCUCGCCGAUUGACAAGGCUGUGAAGGAUGCACAGAGGAUCCUCGAGGAUAUUGCAGAUUGCUUUGAGGCCGCCCAGAAGAAAUCAAGGCGAUAUGCAGGGCGCGCUGAUAAGCAGGAGCUAGAGGUCUAUAGUAAUAGCGACAUGAACACCGUAUUCCAACGGCUGCACAAUCGCUACAGGGAUAUCGCCCGUCGGAGACAGAAAAGCACGAGCAUAGUAAAAAAGGCCGCUUGGGCGCUGUAUGACGGGAAAAGUCUCAACAAGAUCAUCGACCAGAUCUCAUCGUGGGUCGACGAGUUGGAAAAGUUAUUCCCCGUUGAGGCGACCCAUCAGAAGCUUGUCGAGAUGGAGAUUGACGAAGUCAACGACGAGCUGAGCCUCAAGACGCUCAACGACGCCGCCCGCGGGAUCGAUCCGGCCUUAGAAGACGCGGUGGAGAGCAAGGUAGAUGCCAUUGAGGGGAAGAACUCUGCCAGGAACGUCACGACAGAGGACAAGGUGAGAUUCCACGUCGGCAACGUCGUCUCGGAGGGAGUCCUCCAGCAUGAGAUCCUCACCAAUGAUCAGACGAUAAACUCCGUGGAGACGGUUUCAGCGAAGAACGAGUCUAGAGUUCAGAUAGGGAAUGUUUACGGCGGCAAGGGGGUCUGGGAUAAUUAG